CAGCACUUCUCCCUCGGGGUGUCUCGAUGGCCGCACCCAGCCUCUUGCCGCAGCCUUGGGGAUUAGCGGGCGCUGCUGUUACAGACGAAGUCUGCGGUCCUGGGGUCCGGGAGCCGGGGAGAGGCCAGUUAUCCGCUCUGGAGUGGGGUUGGUCCUGUCGGGGCUUGCUUGUAGUCUCGUUUAAGAGAAAACAUCUGUACGUUAUCGAGGUGGAAGGUGACAGGUUUUCCAAGAGGCGCUUUAUUCAUUCUGAUAAUACACACAACUUGCGAUGUGUUGGAAGCCCCUCCCAGGGUAUGGAAAAGUAGAUGUUGGCAUCCUUCACCUGUUUAAAGCCUUGCCGGUGUGAAAAGUGUUGUUAUUGUCUGCUCAAGAUAGUUAUCAUCUGAACUGAGGCUGUAAGGAUGAGGUGACGGUGUGUUGGCUUCUUAAACUACCUUUAUUUCACUGUGCUCUUUAGUGAAGUACUGGUACCAAAGGGGGGAUUCCAUCUAGUUCUGCAUCGAAUCUACUACUUCUCAAAUUUGAGAGUGCAUCAGAAUUACCUGGAGGUUUGUCAAAAACAUAGAUGGCUGGGCCCCACCUCCAGCGUUUCUGAUUUAUUGGGUCUGGGCCGGGCCAAAGAAUUUGCUUUUCUGACAAAUUCCAGGUGAAACAGAUGCUGCUGGCCUGACGCCAUGCUUGGAGAACCACUGAUGUAAUCUAACCCCUUAUUUUCUAAAUGCCAUGAUUUUUCAUUGUUUCUCUUUCUUGGUUUUCUUCCUGCUUACAAAAGUGAUAAUGUUGUCAAUUUUUUGAAUGUUAUAGAAAGAGCACUAACUUUUUUUAAACUAACAAUGUCUUCGAUAGCUUUCAGUAUAAGAGCGUAUAGAUCUAUCCCAUUGUUUUUAACUGCUGUAUAAUAUUUCAUUCUAUGGCUGUUUUAUGUUUAUAUAACCAGUCCCCUAUUGAGACAACUUUAUUUAGAUCCUUUAUAUAUCCCAAUUAUUUCGUGGAUGUUAGUCUUUCUCUCCACUUGUAAGCACCAAAAUUGUCUUUUACUUCUCUUGAAUCUCUCACAAUGCCUGUGUGUCCAGCUGCCUACUGGAAAUUUACACAAGACCUCAAACUCAGUAUCUGCAAAAUUGAAUUCAUUGCCCCCCCACAGCCUGACAUUCUACUCCUGAAUUCCAUCUCUGAGUUGAGUUCCAAAUCCAAGACUUUCACUUCCUUCUCUUUUCCACCGUCCCCACCCCCAUCCCAUCUAGUCACCAGGGGCACCUCUUCUCCCUCCAUCCCUACUGUUUUUGUUCAGGCCGUCAUCACUUCUCUGAAGUACAAGUGAUUCACAGCGAUUUUCCUGGCCUCCAAGUUUGUGCUCUCUGCAUUGCUGUCAGAGAGAUCUUUCCCAUUUAAAAUCUUUCAGUGAGUUCCUCUUGGCUUUCAGGAUAAAGUUCAAGCCCUACAGCAAAAUAUCUUGCCACGACAGCACCCUGCACUCACCUCUGUUGGAGCACUCAUCACCCUGUAUUGUAACUGUUGGUUUAUUCAUUGGACUCUAGUCGAGACUCUGAACCAGGGAAUGUGCUUUUGUUUAUAUCCUGGACAUCUAGUAAGAGUGCCUCCCUCUAAUACACAUGCUUGAGAGACGAUUGCUGAAUGACUGAUUGAAUAACAUCCCUGAGUUAUACAUCAAAGACAAACAUCUUUAAGAAUAAGACACAGUCUUGUCCAAAAUGGCAAAAGUGAACUGGUCGUGGGCGUAGCUCUCCUGUUUUUAUUUCGGGAAUUUGAUGAAGAAAAGAAAGGAAUCUGUAAAGACCCAUUUAUCUAUGAGACUGAUAUCCAAGUGCAGUUGAUCAGCAAAGGCCAACCAAACCCUUUGAAAAAUAUUCUAAAUGAAAAUGAUGUCAUAUUCAUUAUGGAAAAAGUGCCUUUAGAAAAGGAAGAAGCAAGUCUUGUGGAAGAGCUACAACCUGAAGACACUGCUAUUUCUGAUUUCUCUACUGGUGACAAUGUUGGACCCCUCGCUUUACCAGUUGGGAGAGCAAGGCAGUUAAUUGGACUGUACACUAUGGCUCACAAUCCUAAUAUGACCCAUUUGAAGAUUAAUCGGCCGGUUACUGCCCUCCCUCCCCUCUGGGUAAGGUGUGACGGUUCAGAUCCUGAAGGUACCUGUUGGCUGGGAGCUGAGCUUAUCACAACAAAUAACAGCGUUACAGGAGUUGUCUUAUAUAUGGCCACUUGUAAAGCAGAUAAAAAUUAUUCUGUAAAUCUUGAAGACUUAAAAAAUUCACACAAGAAAAGACAUCACUUGUCCACUGUAACAGCCAGGGGCUUUGCCCAGUAUGAGCUCUUUAAGUCCACUGCCUUGGACGAUACAGUCACCGCGUCACAGACUGUGAUCACUUUGGAUAUUUCCUGGAGUCCCGUGGAUGAGAUUCUUCAAAUCCCCCCACUCUCUUCAACCGCAACUCUGAAUAUUAAGGUGGAAUCAGGAGAACCCAGAGGUCCUUUGAGUCACCUUCACAGAGAACUGAAAUUUCUCCUUGUUUUGGCUGAUGGUUUGAGGACUGGGGUAACUGAAUGGCCUGAGCCUCUGGAAGCAAAAUCUGCCGUUGAACUCAUGCAGGAAUUUCUGAAUGACUUAAAUAAGCUGGAUGGAUUUGGUGACUCUACAAAAAAAGACACAGAGACAGUGAAGCAUGACAGUGCUGCCGUUGAUCGCUCCAUCGAGUGUCUCUUCACAGUACGGGGUGAUCUCGAUUUUGCUGAGCAGCUGUGGUGCAAAAUGAGCAGUAGCGUGAUCUCCUAUCAAGACUUGGUGAAGUGUUUCGCGUUGAUCAUCCAGAGUCUGCAGCGUGGUGACGUCCAGCCGUGGCUCCAUAGUGGGAGUAACAGUUUACUAAGUAAGCUGAUUCAUCAGUCUUAUCAUGGAGCCAUGGACACAGUUUCUCUCAGUGGGACUGUUCCAGUUCAGAUGCUUUUGGAAAUUGGUUUGGACAAACUGAAGAAAGAUUAUAUCAGUUUUUUCAUAGGUCAGGAACUGGCAUCUUUGAAUCAUUUGGAAUAUUUCAUUUCUCCAUCAGUUGAUAUACAAGAACAGGUUUAUCGUGUUCAAAAACUCCACCAUAUUCUGGAAAUACUAGUCAGUUGCAUGCUUUUCAUUAAACUUCAACAUGAGCUCCUCUUUUCUUUAACACAAUCUUGCAUAAAAUACUAUAAACAAAAUCCUCUUGAUGAGCAACACAUUUUUCAGCUGCCAGUCAGACCAACUGCUAUAAAAAACUUAUAUCAAAGUGAGAAGCCCCAGAAAUGGAGAGUGGAAAUAAAUAGUGGUCAAAAGAAAGUGAAAACAGUUUGGCAACUGAGUGACAGCCCACCUGUAGACCAUCUGAAUUUUCACAAACCCGGUAAAGAUGAUUUUUCUGAGUUAACGUUGAACGGCAGCCUGGAAGAAAGGAUGUCUUUUCCUAACAUGGUCACCUGCAGCCAGGUGCAUUUCAAGUGAGGGGUGCUGACAGCGUCCCCCGUAAGCACAAGCCAAAAAAAAAAAGAACAAAAACAAGGUAAUUAUUACAGAACCUGAAAACGGAAAUGUAUAUAAACCUUUGAAGCAGAAAAAGGAGGAAGGUCCUGCAGAUUCUGUAUGAAAGGCGAAGCUACCAAGUGGGUGCCCGUGUCUCAGCUCUGGCCCCGCAGGAGGAGCAUUAGGAGAACCGCGGCGAUCAGCACACAGAGGGUACAGACCGUGGGCACCAGGAUCUCCGUCACCAUCUGCAUGUGACUUAGCAGCGGCUCUGAAACGGGAGAGAGGGCAGCACCACAAAGGAGAAUGAUCAUUUUAGCCAAUAUAGCUUCAUCCCCAAAGCUUUAACUGUAUUGGAGAAACUUGGAAAAUGGCAUCAUCAAACUUUCUAAUUAUUCUCAUUUACUAUAGAAGAGAACCUGGUGAAUUAAAUGUUUAUAAAAAAUUAUGUGAGGGCUUUGUAAAAUAUUUCAGAAAAUACAGAUAAAGAAUGCCUAAAUUUGGUUCUUCCAUAGGUAGUGGAAUAAAGUCUAAAUGUACACUAAUACUUGUGCUUACCGUAAAUUAAUCUGAGAAUAUUAGCAGCCAUACCCCACUGUUUCUAUAAUUUUCAUCGGGGGGAUUGUGAAAGAAAAGUCCUUGGGAAACAUUUCUAACCUUUCGAAGAUGUUAUUGUGUAUCUUAAGAGAUAUAGGAAUUUCUAUAUUGAAAUUUUAUAUGGUAAUUCUUACAUGGUUAAGCAAUAAUCUUAAAGAGUUAAAUGAUAAGCAUAUUUCAUGUCCACUAAUAUGGUGGUGGACAUUUAUGUAAUACCCACUUUUAGGUUUUGUGCCUGGCACCUGGUUACCAAGAUAAACAAGGCACAGGGCCUGCGCUCAUGGGGUUAAUAGGCUCAACAGUAAAUUCUAUGUUGUGUUUCUACAUGAUAGAAUAAAAGUUUAUUUGAGUUUAA